AGGGGGCGCCACUGCCCAGGAAACGGCGCGGCCGGGCCCUCCCCGACCGAGCCCCGUCGGGCAGCGCGUGGGGGCGGUACUGCGCGGCCAUGGCGGGGCAGGGCGUGAGCGAGAGUCCGCGGCGCGCGGCCGGCGGGCGGAAGAUGGCCCUGCACAGAUGUCAGACGUGUGGUGAAGAGGAGGCCAAGUAUCGGUGUCCACGAUGCAUGAAGUAUUCAUGCAGCCUGUUAUGCGUGAAGAAGCACAAGCUUGCCCUGAGCUGUAAUGGAGUCAGGGACAAAACCGCAUUCGUCUCUGUGACUGACUUUACUGACUUGAACCUUCUGAGUGAUUAUCGUUUCCUGGAAGAUGUGGGAAGGACGGCUGAUGCUGCUGCUCGAGAUCUGUCUGUGCAUCGGCCGACAACAAAUAAAUUCAUCAAUUACUUGCGAAACAGAGCUCGAAGGCAUAAUAUCAAUCUGAAGACACUGCCCAUUGGAUUCACAAAAAGAAAAGAAAAUUCAACUAUCUUCAAUAAGAAGGAGCAGAAGUUCUACUGGCAUUUGAAGCUUGUAUUUCCUCACUGUCAUGCUGAAUACACUUUAAAAAGGGUGCCAGAGGAUAAAACGCUCGCUGAUAUCCUUAAGCCCUACGUUGAUCCAGUGGAGUCAGAUCCUGUAGUUUGUCAAAGAUUAAAGGUUUAUACAAUGUCUCCUCAGUCAGAUAUACAAAUUUUAAUGAAAAUAGAGAACAGGAAGCAAAACUCCACCAGGUACAAUGAAUUGAAUGCCAGUGGAAGCCUCCUAGAAAAUUUGAAAAACAAAGUAAUAAUUGAGUACCCAACGUUAUUUGUGGUCUUGAAAAAACUGAAGAAUGACAUGGUGGUUCUUGGCCAAGAGGCCACUGAAUCUGCAGAGGACUCAGACAGUGGAAGUUCGUCCCUUUCAUCUGAGGAAGAAGGAGAAAUUCGGGAGAGUUCAUGACAGCUCUUCAAGAGAAGAGGGUGGGAUGAGUCUUUUAUAUGUUCUUAUUUAAUUAAAUCUUUUUUUGCACAACUGAUUUCUCUGAGGUUCAGUUUAGUUCACUUCAUUUAAGGCAGCACUUCCAAACUGCCUGCCUAACUUUGGAUUUAGUAUGCAUAUUUAGGUAUGUAAAUAAAGAAAUUGGGAGUGGCUGUUUCCAGAAAAAUCUGCUGUUCUUAUUGCAUAGCACCCCUCUGUCCAUGUAUCUCUAUUAAGUCACAGUAGCCCAAAUGUAAAGUUUCCAAGUUGGUUUCAACAAUAUGUAUUUUUGCUUUUAUCAUAACAUCUCAGUGUCAGAUUUCUGUUAGUAUAAGUAUCACAUAUUUGUUUUUAUCUGUGGAUUUGAGUCAUGGUGCUUCAACUUACUGAUAAAAUCAAGUGUUUCAUUAGA